GGACGUGUUUCCGAACUUCAGCAGUCCAUUGCCUCGCGCGCAGCAAUGGAUCGAGCCGCUUCUGAACUUUGCGGUUCGCACCUUUUUAGACCAGCGUCAAACAAAGUUGGAUUCUUGUCUCGUGUCUUUGACAAAGUUCCGCUCGGGCGCUUCGCCGUUUUCUCCGUCCUGCUGUUCCUUCGUGUCACGUCUUGUUCAGGAACAAACCUGCAGGACGCCCCACAGAAGAUCCAAGCCUUCGUGGGUGAAACAGUGGUUCUGCCCUGCAACAUCUCUGUCUCAGGUGAACUGCCAACGGUGGAAUGGUCAAAGGAAGGUUCAAACGUAGCGUUCCUCUACCGGGACGGUUGUGAGGACUUUGCCAUGAAGAAUGAAACUUUCCAAUACAGGACGAACCUCAUCAUGAAUGAACUGAAAGAUGGGAACAUCUCACUGAUGAUUUUUGAUGUUCAGCUGACGGAUGCUGGUAAAUACCAGUGUGUGAUUGUCAAGGGGAGAAAAGAUAGAAACAUUGUCAAGACGCUGGAGCUUGUUGUGGGUGCCUUUUCUGAGCCAAAGCUCUCAGUCGUCUCAGGUGCAGACGGUGCACAGACUCUGGAAUGUGAGACGAGCUGCUGGUUCCCGGAGCCUGAAGUUACAUUUGUAGACGAUCAGGGAAACAUCAUCAGUGGUGAAAACCUAAAGAGACAUCAAGAGCCCAGAGGAUGCUUCACCGUCACAAAGAGAGCGACUGUGCCCACUGGCUCCAACAGGGUCACGUGCAGAGUUCACGAGCCUCAGAUGAACAAGACCAGAGUCUCAGAGAUUCACUACAUACGAGGGGACUGUGUUCACUCCAGCAUUAUAUCAUUCAGCAUUGCUCUUCUGUUGGUCAUAUCAGUGUUUGCAUGUGUCUUUAUUGUAAAAAAAAAAUGUGUGAACACAGAAACACGCAGGCAGACAUCCAAACCAAGCCGUCGAACCAUAGAUGAGGUUGUCCACCAGGGAAACCAGGCUGUAAAUGACACUGCUUGGCUUCAGACACAAGUUCAGGAGCUGCAGAACCAACUUAUUGAGAAAGAGAAGACAAUUCGCCGACUGACAGCACCAGUGGAUGAACUCAGAUCUAGACGCAGUCCUGUCCUGCAGCAGGAUCAGCCUACGAUCAGCGCUGGUCCCUCCACAUCCUCUCCAAACAUGUCAAAGCCUGCUAGCCUCCCCCUGGACCAGCGCCCUCAGGUCAGCAGUGCAGAGCCACCAGCCUCAGCCCACAGCAAGCACUCAGCACAAGAAGCCAGAGCAAGGAAAGACUCAAAAGCUGGGGUCCUGAGGCAAAAGACACCAGUGGAGCCUCGGGUCAAAUCAAGCAGCCACAGCAAAAGCUCCCCUGCUCCUUUGAAGAAUGAUAGAAUCGAUGAAUCUGCUUCAUCUUCAUCCUCCUCUUCAAAUAACACUGUUUACCAUAUAAGGAGCCAGUCUCAUCCUCCUCGAAAUGAAGCCAAGCCUUCACGUAGACACACCUUCUCAUUUCCACCAUCAUACCUGUCUUAUAACCCCUUCAGUAUUUUGGAGAAUUUAAGUAUGGAGUCAGAGGAGCUGCUUUCACAUAAUGACAACAAAUAACAGAGAAAGAACAGAGAUCUGGAAACCUUGUGAGUUAGGAAACCUGAGACAUGGAUGAACCACUUUCAGACCCGGCCUUUGUCACCAGGUGUGUCACUGUGCUCCCGCUGCUCCCUCAGGAGAUGGGUAAAAAGUGUGUGCGUGUGUGUUUUAGGAGUAAUACUUUAGACGUGAGGUCAAAGUUGUUUGUGCAUAUGUUUUUAAACUUCCAUUCUUUACUGUUGCUUCACUCAUUACAUUACUCUCAGAGCGCCCCCUGGCGGUAACGGCAUGCUAGCUUUGUUUGCUUUCUUAUUUUAAUUUAAAAUCAUGGUAAUGUAUGUACUUCAUUGAAAUCAUCAACAUCAAAUUAAUGUAGAUCAUUGGGACUGAACUUCCGUGCAUCGAGCACCUGUUUUUUGUUGUUUUUUUUUUGCCAAAAGAGGGAACAGAGGUGGAGUCAGACCACAUAAAAUUCCUUGGUAUUCCUGUGCAAAUUUAGCCAUUAAAACUGAUUCUGAAAAUGACUGACUGACUGACUGACUGAAAUAAAUUAAAUCAAAUUAAAUUAAAUUAAAGUGUAGUGAAUAACAGAGGCUACCACACAGUGUCCUUAGCAUGGGCCUGCACACUCCAAAGGACCUCAGGCUCCUCAGCAGGUGGAGACGACUUAAAGUCAUUCACCCUGAUGUUGUGCCUGUAGGCAAACUGCAGCGGGGGUGGUUGAGGAUGGGCCUCUCCAUGGUCUUCAUCAGGUGGGCGGUCAAGGCUACUGGUCUGUAGGAGGUCACAGCAGGUCUUCCACAGCUCAGGGACCGUCUCCAGACUCAGACUCAGGUUGAAGAUGUACAUGAUGAUCUCACAGAGCUGGUCAGCGCAGUCCCUGAGCCGUCUGGGGCUGAUGCCGUCUGGACCUGCAGCUUUCCUUGUCUUAAGCCGCCUUGGUUGUUGCCUCACCUGGUCUGAAGUGAGGUGGGGUGGGGGGGCAGGUGGUGUGAGCAGGGCUACACUGGUUGUGGAGGGGUGUGCACCUGUGGGGGUGGGUGCCGCAGCUGGACUGGAGACGUGUGAAGACUGCAAUGACCUGUUCUCUGGACAAAUGUUACAAAGACAAAUUGUUGUUUAUAUUUAAUUUUUCUCUGCUGGAACUAUUCUAAUAUGCUUCAGCUGUAAUAAAGGGAGUUGUAGAUACUUUAGAUUCAUUCACUGUAUGUGUUUAGUUUCGUAAGGUCCUAUGCUUGAAUUAAAUGAUUUGACGCAAAGGAUUGUGGGAUUCCUGUUUGAAUUGUUCUACUGUACAAACUAAAUUUGCACAAUUGUUUAUUCCACUUAUUUUAGUAAAAAUUUGGAUUUACGUAUUUAUUUAGAAUAUUAAGUUUGACUCCAGUUGAUUGUUGGCUCUACUUAAACAGAUUCAUUAUUUUUACUGGUUACUUUAACUUGCUAUUUUAUGCAGAGAUGGAAAACGUCUGUUGUCUGGUUUCAUGGUGAGAAGUCUUUCUGUUUAGGCUGAAAACUCAGCUGGAAUGCAGUGGUUAUAAACAAUUCUUAUCAUUGGCAGUGCCUUGUGUAAUGCUCUGUAAAAUAUUCAAUAAAAGUCUGUGACAAAGACUUAAAACAUGAUAAAAUUCAAAUUUACAGUACAGAGUUGCUGCCAUGAGGGGGCAGAUGUGCACAGGUUUAUUGUUCAGGAGUCCUGAAAAGGCUGCCAUUUAGCCUGUUAUGAUAUUAAGUCAUCGGCCUGUGAAUGGCCUUUUUACUUUAUGUUACGUUAGGUUAUGUUUCAGAUGGAGUAGGAGCUCUGUUCUCAAGGCCACCAUCUACAGUGCAGCUCCUAGGACGCAGAUGAUGUCCUUGAACAUCGUUGUAUAAGGUUUUUAGUAACAUUUCAGAACUUAGAAUAGAGCAAAGUAGAAUCAGUUGUAUGUCAGGAGCUGAGCAAACUAAUCACUAUCAAAAUAAUUUUUUGAACAUUUUUGAAUUUUUUGAACUGUGUGUUAGACUUCUGCUUGACUGACGGUCUACAGAAUGUACGCUAGAGGACAGAGGAAGAACAUCCAGCUGCAUUUCACAUUAAAUCAGUCAGUUAACCUUCUCUUAUUGUUAAUCUGAAGCUUUUGGACCCAGUGAUUUCAGUUGUCUGAGAAUAUCCCUUUAUGUCAGACGUCACACUAAGAAAUGCUAGGAGCUUUUUGUUUUAAAAGGUGAAUGAAUUUUGGCCUAAACUCCAUAGAGAGGUUUCUAGUGGAUGUGUAUUUAAUGUAUGUCAUUAACAAUGAAUCCUCUGUUAGUUUGACUUUUGUCUUUCUUCUUUGCAGCUUCCUUUUCUGUGCUAGUUUGUGUAUUGAUGCAAUUCUGCAACCCUGAUGGAGACAAUUGAUAGAUAGUGAGAAUUAUGUGGUAAAAACCCUAAACACAGA